AUCACAGCAUCACAGAUUAGAUUACGUAUAUAAGAAUUCGACAAAACAAAUUUUUACAUUCCGUUACGUGUUCUGUCAGAUGUUUAUUAUUGCGUUUUAAUUUUAUCAAAAUGAAUUUUAGUAAAGAUCGUAAAAAAAAUACUAGCACAAGCAGCGGCCUCGGGCUGGCAGCUGCAGCUAUAGGUGUAGGAGUAGGGGCUGCUUUGUACUACUUCUGUACCAGGCAAUCAGAAAACCCUAACGGCCAAGGAUCAACCAGCAAUUGGACAUGCGAGCAACCUAGGACCUUACCAUUGCACGACUUCAAUUCAUCUUACACCACCAUAUCCGAACAUAGUACUACAGACACCAGCAUGGAUACCACCGACCAAUCAGAUUCCGAAGAAACCGAUGAAUCGAAUGAAUCUGAGUCAGAAAGCGAGACAGACUUUGAUACAACAGAGUCCAGUAAUAACUCGAGUCAUUCCUUUGAUAGAUCCAAUGAGAGUUCGGAAGAAAUAUCAGAUGUUGAUUACUUGUACCUACCUGCAGUUAAUGUUAGCUCUGAUUCAGAAGUGAAUGAUGAGUGGGAUGUCACGCAUUCGUCCGCGGAUAUACCUAUGAACGUGUCCGGAGCGUCAAGUGAACAGGGUCUAGCAUUGUCCCCAUUUAUUUCACAAAUUUCGGGCAUAAUCAUUAACAAAAUACAUAGAAAACCAACUGAGGAAGAUCGAAUAAGAAAGCUCAGAGAGCAAGCGUUCCGCGAACGUUCAUGGAGCCUGGAGCAAUGUUCCAUCUGCUUCGAAGUGAUGCUCAUGGAUCAGAAUUUGAUCACAUUGGCAUGCACCCAUAACUUCCACUCGGCCUGCAUCGAGCCCUGGUUGCAGGAGCAGAAAACAUGCCCCUACUGCCGGAAGCCCACUGAAUGAUGAUUAAGCAUGUGAACACCAGUUUAAGAGGCUCAAGAGACGCUGGAUAGGCUGGACCAGUACUGCAACUCUUCAUAGCUGAUGGAAUCUGAAGGCGAUCCUAAUUAGAUUAAGCACUAGAUGACAGCUAAUAGAUAAUAAUAUAAAUAUCUUUAUUUAAAAUGUAAUAAUAUAUUCUUUAAUUCUUUAGACUUUGGCGACCCGCUAAGUUGUGAUAGUUAUUCAUAAAUAAUAAUUUGUUUUAUAAAAAAAAUAUUUUAAUUUGUUACUCUGUGGCGAGAAGUCAAUUAAGAACCAAUUGUAGAUAAUAUCAAAACUUCUAAAUUCAACCACAGGCUAAGCAGGACACAAAAAAAAGAUAAAAAAAUUAUAAUCUGUGUUUGGUAUUGUCUUAUCAUUUUAGGCUGAGUGAAAACCAAAUAUUUGUUUAUGAUAUCAGCACUUUGUGGUUAUUGAUUAGUACUAUUUAUUAUCUACGUAGUUCUUUAAAGGUUUUUUUUCAAUGUUUAGAUACUUAAAGCAUCUUUCUAUUUAAAACAAACUGUAAAUAUUAUGUAUAACAAUAAUUUUAUAAUUUGUUUAUUAUAGCAUGUAUAUAACUUGGUCUAGUCUUACUCAAAGUCACUAGAAACAUAAUAAAUAAUAUCUUUAAAUUUUAGAUUUAUGUGUAGUCAAUUAAAAAAAUAAUAAAGAAAUGGCGCCAAAAUCAUUCUUGUAUCUGUCAGUUACUACUCUGCUAUUUAAAUAGAAAACGAUAUUGUAUACAGAAAGUUUGUGUUACUAAAUAUACGGUUACAGUUCCUUCAUUAGCACACUAUAUAUUUUAUUAAUAAUAUAUAACAGCGAUGCAACUGAAGACUAAAGCUGUAUACGGUGAGAUAUUUUGCCUGGUGACAGGUAAUGGAUCAAAAAAAAAUUUAACAGCUGUCACUUUACGCACUUUUGAUUUUCAUCAGCCACGACUCGCCUAUUAUAAUAUCAAAUGUUAGUUAUAUAUGUAUGUACCUAGGUUAAAUCUCAUGACGAACAAUUUGACCAAAUCUGUACGCAAUAAAAGCUCUAUAAACGUUUUUAUAUGUAAAGAAAUUAAUGUAUAAAUGACAUAGUGAUAAUAUACUCAAGUUGGGUCUGGAUUAACCAUGACGGGGUCCCUAGACAAAGCAAAAAAUGCAUACUCUACCUUUUUUGUCUAUAAAUUGAUAGAUUUUUUUUUAAACAAGACUUGAAUAUGAUGAAGGAAUUUGAGUAAAAUUUAAGAUUCUACCAUCUGUAUUAUUUAUUUUAUUACUUGCUGGGUUCCAUUUUGUUUGACAUAUAAAGUAGUUCAUUAACAGACAAGAUGUGUGGAAAAAAAAAUAUCUACUGUCAUUGAAGAUAUAAAUUUUCUAUUCAAUUUUCACUCUAUGGAACGUUUUUAUUUUUUUUUAUACAUGAAUGUGUGCAAGGCACUAAGCAUGAUGGUUAAUCCGGCCCUGGUUAUCUAAAGAUAAAAAAAAAUUGAAAAUAUAUAUGUAGUUAAUAAUAAAUAUAAUUAUGUAAUAUAAUGUAUAUAUUAUUAAUCUAACAUAUUUGAAUCCAAACGCGCUUUAAUAAAUAUACUACAUUUUUUUUUAACUAGUGUUCGGUGGAUCAGCUGUUUAGCACACUGCCGUACUAUCCGACGGUCGCUGGUUCGAUCCCCAUACAAUACAAACAUUUGUAUUCAUGACUGUUUGUAUUGCUCUGGGUGAUUUCUUAUGUAUUUAUAAAUAUAUAUUUAAGUAUUUCAAUCAGUUAUUUAGUACCCAUAGUAAACUCUGUUUAGUUUGGGACUACAUGGCGUUGUGUGAAUUUGGGUUAUUAUUAUAAAUACAUAUUUUUUAUUAUUAAAAAAAUUACACAGCGUCAUUUAGUCCCAAUUCGAUUUUCUAAUGUUUAUACUUUCCUAAACUAGAAACUCAACAAAUGAAAAUUAUUGGAAAAUCAACUUUAUUUAUAGUCACUUUAAAGACGAUUU